AUGUCGGCAAUAAGGAUCUUUACUGCCUGCAAAUAUGGAAAACAAGCUUUCCGACCAACGAUUAGAUUUUCAUCGACAGCAGUUUCCGAGACAAAGGAUCAACAUAGCGCAUUGAAAGCUGAACAUGGUGGAUAUAUUUAUGUUAAUAAUCAAGAGCCAUCAAUGGAUUUUAAGGAUGUGACCGAUAGAGCAGCACAGACAAUGUUUAUUACAGAAAUCUUUAGAGGAUUAGGUGUUACUCUCGGUACGAUCUUCAAAGAACCUGCAACUAUUAAUUACCCAUUUGAAAAGGGACCUUUAAGUCCAAGAUUCCGUGGUGAGCAUGCAUUGAGAAGAUAUCCAUCGGGUGAAGAACGUUGCAUCGCAUGCAAGUUAUGUGAAGCUAUAUGUCCAGCACAGGCUAUUACUAUUGAAGCUGAAGAACGUUCUGAUGGAAGCAGACGUACAACAAGAUACGAUAUUGACAUGACUAAGUGCAUCUAUUGCGGAUUCUGUCAGGAAGCAUGUCCUGUAGACGCAAUCGUCGAAGGUCCAAACUUUGAGUUUUCAACGGAAACCCAUGAAGAGUUAUUGUACAACAAAGAGAAACUCCUUGGAAAUGGAGACAAAUGGGAGUCUGAAAUUGCAUCAAACAUUCAUGCUGAUCACCUGUAUCGUUAAAUCUCUUAAUUCUGUUAAUAAAAUAUAA